ACAGCAUGACACAUCACUUGUGUUCAGCCGGAAGCCUGCUUCUUGGGAAGCAGGCAGUCAGUUCCCUGGGUCACAUGAUCUUCCCAGCCAGUGAGAGCACUGCAGAAGUAAUGGCAACAACCUUCUUGGAUAAAUGUGGACUGCCAGCUGCCGAUCUCGCUGUUGACAAUAAAAGCAGAUAUGCUCCUUGCUCACUGCCAUUAGCAAUGACCAUGACCCUUCACACCAAAACCUCUGGAGUUACCCUGCUGCACCAGAUCCAAGGCACGGAGCUGGAGACACUGGGCAGACCUCAGCUGAAGAUCCCCCUGGAAAGAUCGCUCAGCGACAUGUACGUGGAGAGCAACAAGACAGGGGUUUUCAACUACCCAGAAGGGACCGCUUACGAUUUUGCUACCACCGCUCCUGUGUACAGCUCUACUACUCUCAGUUAUGCCCCUACUUCUGAGUCCUUUGGGUCCAGCAGUUUGGCAGGAUUUCACUCACUGAACAAUGUCCCACCAAGCCCCGUGGUAUUCUUGCAGACGGCGCCCCAGCUCUCACCCUUCAUCCAUCACCACGGCCAACAGGUACCCUAUUACCUUGAGAACGAACAGGGCAGCUUUGGAAUGAGGGAAGCUGCUCCCCCAGCCUUCUACAGGCCAAGCUCUGAUAACAGACGCCACAGCAUCCGGGAGAGGAUGUCCAGCACCAACGAGAAAGGGAGCCUGUCCAUGGAGUCCACCAAGGAGACGCGGUACUGUGCUGUGUGCAACGACUAUGCCUCAGGCUACCACUAUGGGGUCUGGUCCUGUGAGGGCUGCAAAGCCUUCUUCAAAAGGAGUAUUCAAGGGCACAAUGACUACAUGUGUCCAGCUACUAACCAGUGCACCAUCGACAAGAACAGAAGAAAAAGUUGCCAGGCUUGCCGACUAAGAAAAUGCUAUGAAGUGGGAAUGAUGAAAGGAAUCCGUAAAGACCGCAGAGGCGGGCGAAUGAUGAAACAAAAACGUCAAAGAGAGGAGCAGGAUUCCAGGAACGGAGAGGCUUCUUCUACGGAGCUGAGAGCUCCCACCCUUUGGACAAGUCCACUUGUGGUGAAACAUAACAAGAAGAACAGUUCGGCCCUGUCCCUGACAGCAGAGCAGAUGGUCAGUGCCUUGCUGGAAGCUGAGCCACCCAUAGUUUAUUCUGAGUAUGAUCCAAAUAGACCUUUCAACGAAGCCUCUGUGAUGACUCUGUUGACCAACCUUGCAGACAGAGAAUUAGUGCACAUGAUCAACUGGGCAAAGAGAGUUCCAGGAUUUGUGGAUUUAACACUCCAUGAUCAGGUCCAUCUACUGGAAUGUGCCUGGUUAGAGAUACUGAUGAUUGGCUUAGUCUGGCGCUCCAUGGAACACCCAGGAAAGCUUUUAUUUGCACCUAACCUAUUACUGGACAGGAAUCAAGGGAAAUGUGUAGAAGGCAUGGUGGAAAUCUUUGACAUGCUGCUGGCUACUGCCGCUCGGUUCCGCAUGAUGAAUCUUCAGGGGGAGGAAUUUGUGUGCCUUAAGUCCAUCAUCCUGCUCAAUUCUGGUGUGUACACUUUUCUUUCCAGCACCUUGAAAUCUCUGGAAGAGAGAGACUAUAUUCACCGUGUUCUGGACAAAAUCACAGAUACUCUGAUACACUUAAUGGCUAAGUCAGGUCUUUCUCUGCAGCAACAACACAGACGACUGGCUCAGCUCCUGCUCAUCCUCUCGCACAUCAGGCACAUGAGCAACAAAGGAAUGGAGCACCUGUACAAUAUGAAAUGCAAAAACGUAGUUCCCCUCUAUGAUCUCUUGCUGGAGAUGCUGGAUGCUCACCGACUGCAUGCCCCGGCAGCCAGGAGCGCUGCGCCGAUGGAAGAGGAGAACCGGAGCCAGCUGACAACUGCAUCGGCUUCAUCGCAUUCCUUGCAGUCUUUUUAUAUGAACAACAGAGAAGAGGAGAAUAUGCAGAAUACAAUAUAAAAAGCAUCAGCUUAUGUGAUGGUAUGAGAAACCCAGCAGCAUACUACCUAUAGUUCAUGCUUCAUUUCAGCUAUAAUGCCACCUAUGUAAACACUCCAAUGACAUCGGUCACCUGUAUUUUCCAUUUGAGUGUUUGUCAAGCGCUUGCCUAAAUUGAUUGUUCAUCCUAAAUGGAAGACAUUUCGUUGCUAUGGACAACCAGCAAGGACUGUCAGGCUAACUUAAUUUGAAAUUUGCAGUGUUUUUAUUUACUUUUGCAUGUAAGUUGGGUAAGUCCUAAUCUAAACUUAAACAUUCAUUCUACCAUAAAUUAAUAGGCCAUACCACCAAUGCAUAUGGGUAACUGCAUAGUGGUAGCCUUUGUUGGUAUCCAUCCCAAAUUCUGAGCCCAUUUAAUCCUUUACUUGCUUGAAACUUUGAAACUGUUUGGUCGAGAUCCCAGAUGAAUCAGAAUCCCAGCAAGGGAUGCUGGAAAGCUGACUGUCAUCUUAGCGUGCUGUAGUGAAACUCCACUGCUAGUGAUCGCCUUGUGAAAGUACUGAGAUAGUUUAGGUAGAUUCCCGCCUCUCUUCUUCCUACAGUAGAAAAGAAGCCCUAUCUGUGGAAAAUACGCUUUCUUUUACCUUAGUAGCUUACGUCAGCAGAUGAUUCCCUUUCAAGGUCAUACUGACCAAGCUUUCAGAUCCUCUUACUAGACCUUCCAUCCAAAUUGUGUUGUGUGCACCCCAUGUUGUCUGAUCCUAUAGAGCUAAAUCAUUCUGUUGCUUUGUAGCAUGUGUAUGAAGGACAACACGGCAAACAGUGAUAACAGACAAUUGCUCUUAAAUCAGACCAAAUGAUUACAAAAAACACCAGGUCUUUUAAAAAAAGAAAUUUACACACAUAUACAUGAUCUAGCACUAUUUUAUGAAAAAACUUCCCCCUUUCCUUUCCUUUCCUUUGUUGCCCUAACAGCUCGGGGGCCAGAAUGCCAGUAUGAGGUUGGCUGGGUGGGACUGUCUCAUUCUACUUGUCAGAGUCUUGCCUACCCAGGUACAGGAGAGUUGGCGUCACAGCCAGAGCUGUAGGCUUUGCAUUAGCUUUCCUUGCUUUGACUCUCAUUGGGAAAUUCACAAAAUCACUGCUAAGAUCCAGUUCAUCUAUGACACCAGAAUUGGGCAAGGUGCUCAGCUGUAGAUAAGAUUCCAGGUCACUGCAUGUACAGGGUGCAGGAAAGCGUUCCUAGCUUUCCCCAAGUAUAUGCGCAACUGCUUUCUGUAAGGGUUAGUCAGACUCUUCAGCUCAACCAUAAAUGCACAAAAGGUCUUCUGAUAUUAAGAGUUUCAGUAACACAUGAAGGGCAGAAACUUUUAAAGAAAAAGACCAACCUAUCCUUACUGGAUGUUAUCCAAAGAAGAAGCUGCUGCUGCUGUUUGACUGCCUCUGUGCUAGUAAAUUAAACAUUUCAGAGAAUGAUGCUGGGUACUGGAAUGUGAUUUUUAUAUAUGCCAGAGCUGUUUUAAGAGAUUAAUGAUAAUUUUUUUCCUGUGCUAUCUUGCACUUCCAAUUUUCAGGAGCAGUUUGGGAGUUAGCACGGACCAGGGACUAGUUCCAAUAGCCAGCUGGAAGUGACCACCCUGUCAGUAGGGAAGUUUAGUAGUGCGUAUUAUAUAGGCUCAUCCAUUGCAGCUGGUCAAAGCGCCAGAGAAAGGUUUGGGGUAUGCUUCAUUUACUAGUGAAGUUGAAGUCUUUAUGCUAGCUUGAUUGGAAUAUCCUGCAGUAACUAAGUAUAGGAAGUAGUGCGACUAUUGCAGUGGGGUAGUGCCUAUGUCUAAUCACACCCACUGUUGCACCGGCGGUGUCUGUGUACAGUGAGAUCGAGUUACAUAGCAGGUGUGAAGGCAGAAGGGCAUAGGAUCUAGUUUGUGCUCCAAGGCAAGGAUUCAGUUCUUAGUAAAUGUACAUAAUGAUGUCCAUCACAGUUUUACAUAAAUAUCUGAGCAAUGAAUAGAUGCAGUUCAAAAAUCUGCAGAGAAAUGCUAGCUUUAUAGUUGAAAAGAUUCUUUAGCUAAGUGUCCAGGCCUAAAUGUAUGAAGAAGUCAUUGUAAGUUAAUAGGUCUUUUAUUGAUGCAUAUUAUAAUGUCUUUUUUUUUGAACAUGCUGAAGGAUUUGUCUUUUUAAUGUAUUCAGUAAGAGUGUGUGUGUGUGUGUGUGUGUGUGUGUGUGUGUAAAAAUUUGGUACCUAAGGGCUUCUGGAGGCUUCUAAAUGCCUUGCCACAAAAUGCACACUUUGCUUUGUUUUGUAGCUCUUUUUCAAAUGUGUUAGAAAAAUCCUGAAUGCCCUGAAAUGAGUGCAGGUUAAGAUCUGAACACAGGAAUCGCUGUAGUUACAUUUAAGUACUCACACCCUCAUCAUUCACUUGUAGCCCACUGUGUAUUAGAGCUGCUCUUUAAAUCUACUGUACCUGCAACUUGUGCGUUCGGUAUAACAGAACACACAGAGCAAGCUUGUGGCUCAUAAGCUGCACAGCAAUUUGGUUUAAAUAAAUGCCUCCCUCUCCUACACCUCAGAAGAACUCAUCAUAUCAAUUCAAGUGCAAAUUUGGCCGAAAGAAAAAAAAAUUAGUUCAGGGAGAGCAAUGCAUAAUAAAAGGGCCAGAUUCUGGUGAUAUUUAGGUAAGUACCUGUAUACUCUGCAAAUUGUCCCAAUGAAGCUGGAAAGCAUGUUUGUGAAGGGGUGUAAAGCAGACAGCAGUGUGUCUUGGAACACUAGAAAUAAAUAUCAGUUUCCAAUUGUAAUUAUGAAUGCUUUCCUAGGCUCAGCCCUUGCAGUGAAGUAACUGAGAUCCAAUCAAUCCUUCCACACAUAUGGGAACAACAGUGAAAGGAGCCCAGGGAAAAAAAAAAAAAAAGUGAUUUACAGUAAUAAAUCCUUUUACACCGGGGCAGUUUCAAAGCUCUGUCAUUAAUUUGUUCGUGAUAUUUUAUUUGAAGCAGCACCUUAAUGAAUAUAUUAAUCUUUGCAUAGCUAUCUUAUAAAGAUGAUUGUCCACAUAUCAGACAGCUGAAUGUAGCCAUUCUAUUGAUUAAACAAAGUCUACGAUACAAAACUGGCAACUUUCUUCAUAUGUAAUUCUGAAUUAUGCUAUCAUGUACGCAGACAUUUGUGCCUGACAUUUGGUAAUUGUUAAUUUACAGGAUGCUAUUUUAUGUAUAUAUAUAUACUUUAUAUUUACAGCUGACAAACCAGUACUACCUGAAUGCCUGGUGCUGGAUAUUAAAAAAAAUAUAUAACAUAUAAAAAAAAAAAAUUGAAAGAAAAAUAUUCAGGGCAGCUAAUUAUGCUUUUACCAAAACAUUAAUAGUGAUGUCUGUGGACAGUACCUAAUGAAAGAAUCAUUGUUUUAUAAUGUUUAUACUUGGAUUUUUAAAAAAAAGAAAAACCAAAAAAACCCUAGAAACAUAGGCAAUGUAAUACCAGCAUAAGCCAAACAGAAAUAGACCAGAUGAACUUGCUUUGCUUGUGAAUAUGGUUGUUAUUCAAUUAUUAUGAAAAGCUUGGGAGGCAGGAGAGGAGAUAGCGUGAGGUAUAUGGUGUAGUGGUGUCUGGGUUUCCAACAAUAUGUGAAAGCUGCUCUGGUUUGUAGUGGUCCGAGCCAUGUCUCGAUCUUGCAGACUUCGUCUCAGGUAAAACUCCCAGUUAGGGCAGUAGGAUUUGUACUGGGGUAAAAUAAUUUAAUGAGAGUUUCUUGGUGUGUGUUUGUGGUAAAUUUACCUUUAUGUCUCAAUGACAUUUCUUGAUUUUUUUUUUCUCCUUCUGUACACUGAAGGGUUUGAUAAUUUAAAAAUAUAAUUAAAACAAACAAACAAAAAAAGGUGAACUGAGUUCCCAAGGAUAUUGCAAGGACUGUCAGCAGGUCACUGCACUUUGAGGAAAAAAAACCAAAAAACCCAUCCUCCUCCCAAACAGGGUUUGUAACGAAGCCUGUAUCCAUGCCAGUUGUUGCUGAUUGAUUCCUAAAGAAUUGUACCAAAUGUUUAAAAUAAAACAAACCACCAGCAAAGUAAAAAUUCUGCCUUAAUAGGUCUGAAUCUUAUCAUAGUCGUUGGUAGGAACAGGGCAAGCCUGUGUUGUUUAUGUAAUAGCUUGCUUUAAAAUGAGAAUGCAGCCCAACCUAAAGCUAAUGGGAUUUUAUAUAUAAGGUAUUUGCAGCUGAACCAAUGUGAAGUGCGUUUCUGAAUCUGAAUAAAGAUAGCAUUUACAAUGCUAUUUACAAAAGUAAUAUAGCUUUACAGACAGAACUUCAGCAUAUGUAAAAGAAAGAAGGGUCAUAUUGAAGACCAUAUCUUAAUACAGACCAGUCUUUGUUGUUGCCACCUGCAACUAUAGCGUGAUCUCAAAUUGAUCUGAGAAUUUUAAAUUAGUAUUUCCCAAAUAUUAAUGACCUACCCUUUCUAUUUGCAAUUUCUUUUUCAUCUUUCAAAUGUAGAUAGUCUUAUAUCCUGAAAGUCGUUUUCAAAGUGAUUGUUGCCCUUAAGGGUACUCAGUUUUGCACUGUGUUUAAAAAAAGAAAAAAAAAGAAAAAAAGUUUUUUGCAUUCAGAUGUGCCUAAAAAAAUGCAUAUGCUGCCAUCUUGCAGAUUAGUGUGCUCUGUACUCCUGUGUGCCUCUAAUUAGAAGUCUGUUUCUUCAGAAAGUGCCCAUCGGAGAAUGAAGGGAUAGACUGCUAGUCAUGAGACUUACAUUAACAAGCCACUUUAUGUAUCACCUUAUUGUAUAUACUCUAAAGCUUUUGUGUGCACUACCUAUUCUGUCAAUGGAAAGUCCUUUCUUUGGUAUAGGCUCAGCUGCCGUGAUGUAUUUGUUCAAAGUAUUCUGUUUCUUCACUGAUGCAUAUAAAAUUAUUGUCUUUCUUUUUUGUUUUGGUGAGGUUUUUUUUUCUUUGUUUUGCACCUAAAAAGUCCUUAAAAAGUCUAAAUGAAAAACCUGGUAGGCUACCUGAUUGGUGCAAGAUUUUUAUCCACUUAUUUGAUGUUGAAAAUAAAGAAUU